UGCCUAGUCCAAGUGAAUAUGCUGUAUAUCCAUGAUUAGGUUACCUUACACAGUACCUACCUUAGGUAGGUAGGUAGGUAGGUUGGCUACCUAGGUGAUAUGAGAUGCCCCUCAACAUUGAUUAGAUACGAGCCGACCGGGAUGGAGGGACGAUAACCGGCACCGGCACCGGCACCGGUGUGGAUUCUUCACGACCGCCUUUUUACCUCCUUGUGUCUACCCUUCGCAACUUCAAUUACUACCGAGUUAGGUUGAACCAGCGAACUGACUUUGAAGCGAAUCACGCUUUUGAGGUUACUCCUGCCAAGAAAUUUAUUUCUCAACUCGCGAGGGGAGCCCAGGAUGGCCUCACCUUCCUCGUCCUCCGCUGCCCUGAGGUGGGGCCUUGGCCUGUUCCUCCUCGUAGGCGGUAUCGCCGCCGUGCUCGGCCUGCAGCCUCAUCUGGGGCUGCGCCAGGGUGUAUUCAGCUCCUCGUCAUCCUCCUCCUUCUCCCCCUCCUCUUCCAACCCCCGCCAGGCGGACGACGACGACCGGACAUACUGCUACCAAGCCGUCCGCACAGCUGCCGCCCUCGGCCUCAACCCGGAGAAGGAGGAGGACAUGGUCAACUGCUUCUCGGUCUCCCCCGCCAAGGGCACAUUCACCCGCGUCUUUCGCUCCAACAACAGUGAGGAUUAUGAGAUCCGGCGGGGCUAUGUCCUCCCGGGCCUGUGGGACGGCCACGGCCACCUGCUGCCGUACGGCGAGUUCCUGCACUCGGCCGACCUGUUUGGCGCCGCCUCGCCGGACGAGGUCAGGCGCCGGCUGAGGGAGUAUCUCGGCCGCAAUCCGGGCGUCGGGACGAGGGACGCGUGGGCGCGAGGGAUCGGCUGGGAUCAGAUGGCGCUGGGGGAGAUGCCUACUGCUGCAGGUACUCCCUUCCCCUGGGGGAGUGUGUGGUUGGGUUGGGGGAGUUGGGUGAAACGGUCCUUUUUUUCCCCCUUGGCUAACUUGAGUGGUAAAUAAAGGAUAUGCUGGAGCAGGAUGAGAUGCUGAAGGGGAAGUAUUUCAUGCUGGACCGCGUCGAUGUGCACUGUGCCUGGGUGUCGCAAGCGGUGCUCGACUUGCUGCCCCGCGACCUGCCGGAUGAGGUUCCCGGUGGGGAGAUCGUGCGGACACCGGGGAUGGGCGUCUUCUGCGACAAUGCGAUGGAUCUGGUUACGCCGCUGUGGCCGAAACCCGGCGUCGAGAGGAAGAAGACGUAUAUUGCCUCGGCGAUGAAGGAGCUGCACAAGGUCGGGCUCGUGGGCAU